UUUGCGCCGGGUCCGCGCCGCCUGCCGGGCUCCCGGCGCUCCACGCUGCGGCCGCUCGGAGCAAUGAUUAACCCGGCCGGCCGGCCGGCGCGGGGCCCGAGGCGGAGGCGCGGGUUCGGGGCGGGACCCCGGAGGGCCGCUCGGCUUCCUGCUGUCGCCCAAGUUUCCUCGUAGAGAGCGCGGCGCCGGCCGGGGCCCGUGGCGUGGCGUGGCGCAGGGCGCGGCGCCGGGCGCGUGUGGGCGCGGGGCGAGCCGCCGGGUCACCCACCAUGAGGACUCUCCGCAGGUUGAAGUUCAUGAGUUCGCCCAGCCUCAGUGACCUGGGCAAGAGAGAGCCGGCCACCGCCGUCGCGGACGAGCGGGGCACGCAGCAGCGGCGGGCCUGCGCCAACGCCACCUGGAACAGCAUCCACAACGGGGUCAUCGCUGUCUUCCAGCGCAAGGGGCUGCCCGACCAUGAGCUUUUCAGCCUCAACGAAGGUGUCCGACAGCUGCUGAAGACGGAGCUGGGGUCCUUCUUCACCGAGUACCUGCAGAACCAACUGCUGACAAAGGGCAUGGUGAUCCUGCGGGACAAGAUCCGCUUCUACGAGGGACAGAAGCUGCUGGACUCGCUGGCAGAGACAUGGGACUUCUUCUUCAGCGACGUGCUGCCCAUGCUGCAGGCCAUCUUCUACCCGGUGCAGGGCAAGGAGCCGUCAGUGCGCCAGCUGGCCCUGCUGCACUUCCGGAACGCCAUCACGCUCAGCGUGAAGCUGGAGGAGGCCCUGGCCCGCACCCACGCCCGCGUGCCCCCCGCCAUUGUACAGAUGCUGCUGGUACUGCAGGGGGUGCAUGAGUCCCGGGGCGCCACCAAGGACUACCUGCGCCUGGAGACGCUGAUCCCGAAGGUGGUGUCGCCCUAUCUGGGCACCUACGGCCUCUACUCCACCGAGGGCCCCUUCACACACUCCUGCAUCCUAGAGAAGCACUUCCUGCGCCGCUCCCGCCCUGGGGACGUCCUGGCCAAGAACCCGGUGGUGCGCUCCAGGAGCUACAACACGCCGCUGCUGAACCCCGUGGCAGAGCACGAGGCAGAGGGCGCGGCAGGUGGCGGCGCCGGCAUCCGAAGGCACUCGGUCUCUGAGAUGACAUCGUGCCUAGAGCCCCAGGCCUUUGCCGACACACCCAGCGAGGGGCCCACUGGGGCCUUCAGACCCUCCCUGGCCCCCCAGUUGGGGCCCUGCCCCAGCAGACUGUACCCACCAACCCAGUCCCCAGAGCCCGGCCCAGCCUACAGCUCCCCACCCUCCUCCAGCCCCGAGAACCUGGUGGACCAGAUCCUGGAAUCCGUGGACUCGGAUUCCGAAGGGAUCUUCAUUGACUUUGGCCACGGCAGAGGCUCCGGUGCAUCUGAGCUCGAGGAGGCGGGGGGCCGGCAGAGCGUCGUGUGAGGGCCUCACUUUUCUACUGAGCCUGCAGGAAUUUUUCUACUCUGUGCCGUCCGGUCCCUUGGUGGUCACAGGCACUUUGGCCUUCCUGAGUGUUGGAGAAAGCGUCGCCGCCCCAGGCCCCAGCACCUCUCCACUCUGGUACACGUGCUUCAGCUGCUCCGCCUGCCUCAUGCCGGUCAGCAGGUGCCCGGGUCAGCCGUGUGUGUGCGGACCAAGCAUGGCCACUCACUCCACCCCCAGCCUGCCCAGCCCUCCAACGUCCACCCCCACUGAGACUGAACCCGUGGCUCGGCCGAGCCCCACAGCCACAGGAGUCAGUAGCAGACUCGCCUUUCCGUCCCCAGUCACCUCGGGCCAGCGUGGCCUCCUGUGCGUGACUGUCCCAGACCCUCUGGGCACCCUGUCCUCACUCUGCCUGGGGUGGCCACGGGCAGGAAGAGGGUGGAAUAAAGCUUGUCUUCCCACUC